AUGGGAGAGCUGUGGGGAAAGCGGCUGCCGAAUGGGACGUGGAACGGCCUAAUGGGCUUGUUGAGCAGGAACGAGGCGCACAUAGGCGUGGCCAACUCCUUCAUCACCGACAACAACGGCCGUCUCAAAGUGCUGGAGUAUUCUCAGCCUUACGAUGUCGAUGAGAGCUGCUUUCUGAUCCGCUCCGCCGCCGAACUGCCGCGCUGGCAGUCCCUCGCCCUCCCGUUCACGCCGUACGUCUGGCUGGGGGUCGCCGUCGCCUUCGUCUGCACUUCGCCCUUCCUCUUCUGGCUGGCCAAGAGCGGCGAAGCAAGAGGAGAGAGCUUCAGGAGCCUGGCUGACUCGUACCUGUGCGCUUGGGGGAUCCAGCUACGCGAGCCCCAUACAUUCUACCCCGUGUGCACGUCGACCCGGAUUUUCGUGGCAUCCAUGUGGUUCUCCUCCGUCAUUCUCACCGUGGCUUACUCGUCCCACCUAACGGCCUUCCUCACCAUCAGGAGGAGGCCGGCCGUUCCCGAGACCUUCAAGGAUCUGUAUGAAGGGAACAUCGACGUUGCCAGCAUAGGCGAGUUCUUCAACAUCUCCAUGGCGGCCACCGGGAACUAUUAUCUUCAGAGCCUGUCUAAACGUUAUUUCAUAUCCAAAACCUUGGACGAGGCUUUGGUGCAAGUGAAGCUCGGGAAAAGGGUUUACAUAUCAGGUCGAAAGGCCUUGGAAUAUCUCAUCAGCACGCAGUUCUCAUCUUCCGGCUGGCCCACCAUGAGAGUGAUGAAGGAGUGCUUCGCCCCUUACAGCAUAGGCGCGACUCUUCAACGGCACACGCCCCUGAAGAGGAGCAUUAACCUGGCCCUCGAGAGGAUGAUCGAGAGCGGCCUCAUCAACCGCUGGUUCUCCGAGGCUCUCUCGCGCCACCGGAAGUCAACUCAAGUGGAACCCGACCAAACGGACACCAGCAAAAGAGACCACGUGACCCCGCUCAACACGGUCCACAUGCAAGGAAUUUUCCUCAUCCUCCUCUUCGGUUACCUCGUAUCCACCAGCGUCUUCAUGAUCGAGGUCCUGCGAGGGAAGAAUGCGCAAUGA